AUGACCCAUCCUGAUCUUCUAGGGGUGUUGGAAGAGAGGCAGAUCACAAACGCAAACUUCUGGGCUGUUGUUUUUGGGCACAACACCGGGUUAGCCCCGGGAAACAGCGACCACUAUAAGCGACAACUACCUCUCCCUGGUUGCCUCCUGACAAUGUUUCCUGAUGAUGAUGAUGAUGAUGAUGAUGCACUCACUGAAGACAGCUCCCUUCAUGGUGGGCGGAUCCGCUCCUUCAAGCACGAGAGAGGAAACUGGGCCACCUAUGUUUAUCUGCCAUAUCCUCCUGAUGAGGAGUUUGAGGAGGUUUUGGAGGAGUUGCUGUCAGCCUUGAGGGCUCAGGGUCUGACUUUGACCCGGCAGGAGGAGUUCCACCUCAGUGUUUCUCAGACAGUGGUGCUCAGACACCACUGGAUCCAGCCUUUUACACAAAGCCUCCAGGCAGGCCUUUCACACUGCAGAAGGUUUGUGUGUUCAGGGGGGACACUGAAGGUCUACUGUAAUGCUGAGAGGACGAGGACCUUUUUGGGGAUGGAAGCGACCGUCGGGCAUGCUCAGUUGUUGGAUCUGGUCCGGGUUGUUGACAAAACGAUGGCGGAGUUUCGACUAGACACGUUCUAUAAGGAUCCUUCUUUCCAUAUAAGUCUGGCCUGGUGUGUGGGAGACCUAACAGAGAAGAUGAAGGAGAUCUUACAUGACCUGCAGGGUUUGGUCGAUAACCGCGAUGAAGGACCAUUUCUGUUUAUGUUGGCCUGCACAGAAGUUCGCUGUAGGACAGGAAAUAAGACUUUUCGCUUCCCGCUGAAACCGUGAAAACCUCAGUGAAGAGUCUGGGUCGGCUGGCUUUGACUCUGCGAGUCGCUGCUGCAGAGCCACAAGAAACUGAGCAGAUGUUACAGAUGGCUGCUACUGCUCUCAGUUUAUAACCUGAUCUGGGAACCAGUGAAGACGAUCAAGAAACACAGAUCUUUUUUUCUAUCAUAGAUGAACUAUUUGAUUAAAGUUGCUGCUUGUUUUGUAGAUCUUUUGGUCCUUUGAAAACAUUUUUUUUUUA